AUGACUGUUGAUAACAAGCCACCUUCCGUCACCCUGGUGCAAGGCCAUGUGAUUGGGACCCAGCUCAAAGACUCUUUUCCCCAACUCUUCGACGCCUUCUUGGGGGUCCCGUAUUCCCUUCCCCCUGUAGGGGAUCGACGCUUUAGACCAGCAGUCAAAGUUUCAAGCUCAUCAGAUAUCAUUGAUGCGUCCAAGUAUGGUCCCGCGGCUCCUGGAAAGGCACUUCUCUCUGGAGGACCGAAGCAAGUGCAGAGUGAAGAUUGCUUGACAGCGAACAUCUUUCGACCGGCGGGUAGCAAUAAUACUAGCAAGCUUCCUGUCGCCGUCUAUCUCCACGGUGGUGCCUUUAAUCGGGGGUCGGCAGCUAUGCACAAUACUGCAUCCAUGGUGGCAUGGUCAGAGCACCCCUUCGUUGCCGUGAGCUUCGGUUAUCGAAUUGGAGCUCUUGGAUUCCUGCCUUCGAGUCUGUCGCAGAAGGAGGGGUUGCUAAAUCUCGGAUUGCGUGAUCAGGUACUUUUAUUGCAGUGGGUUCAAGAGAAUAUCGCCAAUUUUGGUGGUGAUCCUGCCAACGUCACCUUGUUUGGUCUUUCUGCGGGCGCGCAUUCAAUUGGUCAUCACCUCCUCAAUUACGACGAGCACAAAUCGCCAUUAUUCCAUCGUGUCAUUAUCGAGUCUGGAGCACCAACUUCCCGCGCUGUUCGCCCAUAUAACGCCAAGGUUCACGAGAACCAAUUUGCAGACUUCCUCCAAGAGGUCGGUUGCCCAGCCAAUCUACCCGAAGCCGAAAUCUUCCCAUUCCUACGUUCGCUCCCCAGCUUGACUGUUACAAAUGCCCAAACGGCUGUUUUCGAUAAGUACAAUGCUUCCCUUCGGUGGGCAUUCCAGCCCGUGAUUGAUGAAGACAUUAUCUCUCGCAAGCCCCUCGAAGCAUGGGAGUCAAAACUCUGGAAUCAAGUCCCCAUUAUGACCGGGUUCAACAGCAACGAGGGAACAAUGUACGUCGACAAGAAAAUGUCGGAUGCCUCGCAGUUCCGCGAGUUCUGGCACAAUCUUCUGCCGGAGCUCUCAUCGUCUGAUCUCGACACAAUCGAAAAGCUCUAUCCUGACCCCGCCGUUGAUUCCACAUCCCCCUAUGUUGAAGACAGACAGGGCGAGGGGCUCGGACCUCAAUAUAAGCGUAUUGAAGCUGCCUACGGACACUAUGCGUAUGUAGCACCAGUCCGCCAGACAGCGCAAUUUGCAUCAUCUCAAGGUGCUCCAGUUUACCUUUAUCACUGGGCGCUACCUAGAACGGUCGUCGGUCGAGCAAACCAUGCCGAUAAUAUGUACUACGAGACAUAUAACAGUGGCAUCACGGGGAUUUCAGAAUCGCAGAAAGAGCUGUCUGGCACACUUCAUGCCUACUUGACUAGUUUUAUUACAACCGGUGAUCCUAAUGCUGUGUCUGGUCGAUAUGGACAAAGACCAGAGUGGAAGCCUUUCCAGCCGGCGGAUACAAAAGUGAUGAUCUUUGGAGAGGGGAAUGACGAGUUGAUCGGAGGUAGUGUUGCUCCUCCUGCGAAAUGUGUUGCCGAUGAUUGGGCAAGAGAGGAGACAGAAUUUUGGUGGUCAAAGGUUCCGAUUUCCCAGCUUGCUUGA